AUGUCUGAAGAUGCCGACAUGAAGGAUGCGCCGGAAGGUGUUAAAGCGGAGGAGGCUGAACCAAAGGAGAAGGAGGCUAAGAACGGAGACGACAAGAUGCCUCCGCCUGCUGCUGCUGCUGGCGGCGCCAGCAAUAACAGUGCAUCGUCGGGAUCGGACGCAAUCAAGGCCGCGGUGAAAGCCGGCAACAUCAACAUUCACCAACAAGAACACACGGAGAUCAUGGACCUCUCGGAGGAGAGCAAGGAGGCACAGCAGGAGCACGCUCGGCUGCUCAAGCAGGUGGAGGCGGAUCGGCGCGCGAGGACCAUGGUGGUGCCCACCAAGACCGAAGACGUCGCCAAGAAACUCAGGCAGCUGGGGCAGCCUGUUCGGCUCUUCUCGGAGAACGUCGCCGACAUCCGGGAGCGUCUCCGGAGAUUCAUCGCGGCGUCGGAGAUGGAGGACGAGGAGGCCGAGAAGAUUGAGGGCAUGGUAGCCCCCAAGCCCUCUUUCGUGCCCAGGAAGAUGCAGAUGGGCGGCGAGCCGGCGGCGGGAGCGGCGGGAGCGGCGGGGGCACCGCCGGCGGCGAAAAAAGUGGAGGUGGUUUACACCCCUGCUUCGGACGCCCUCCUGGAGGCAAGAGCGGCCAUCGCAACGAUGUCGUUCGGGCGCGCCAAGAGCCGCCUGGCGGGGGCGAAACGGCGCCGUGGAACUCCCGAGGAGACGUCGGCGGUGGACCGACGCGCGGUGGAAACGUUCUCGACGAUGAAGAACCUAGCCAUCAACUCGAGUCAGUUCGCGGACGACCGACCUCUGUCGGCAAUACAGGUCUCGCCGGAUGGGGGCACCGUAGCUUCGGGAAGCUGGACCUGCCUGGUGAAGCUGUGGGACAUUGAGAACCUGGAGAUGCGCAAGGUGCUGCGAGGGCACAGCGAGAGAGUGACCGGCGUCACGUGGCAUCCGGAAGCCUACUCCUCGGACAAGACCUUGUUGGCAACCGGCGCCGCGGACAAGACGGCCAAGCUGUGGGACUGCCACACGGGGGAGUGCGUGCAGACUUUUCACGGUCACGCGGGGCGGCUGGCGAGGGUGGGUUUCCACCCUAGCGGGCGUUACUUGGGCACCGCGAGCUUCGACCACACGUGGAGACUGUGGGACGCGGAGACGGGGGAGGAGUUGCUCUUGCAGUUUAUUUUUUCUUGGAAUUUGCGCCCCUUGUCCGGCAACGACACCACGAUCUCCUUUUGUGUAUCGCCUCCUUCUGUGUUUUCCUCCUAUUUUCUCGUUCUUGCCUUCGGUUUCUACAAUGAACUUAUCUCAUGUUCUCCUUUUGUUUUUGCCCUCUGCUUGGUUUUGCAUGAUCCCCUUGACAGGACGGCCACCACAAGGAAGUGUACGGGAUUUCUUUCCCAAGCGGACGGUGCUCUGGUGGCUACCGGGGACCUAGGCGGGGUGGGCCGUGUGUGGGAUCUGCGGUCGGGCAAGAGCGUGUGGACAAUGGAGGGGCACGUGAAGCGCAUCACGUGCAUGGACUUCUCCCCCUGUGCGUACGAGGUGGCCAGCGGGAGCGACGACCACACGGUCCGGGUGUGGGAUAUUCGGAAGCAACGCUGCUGCUACACCCUGCCGGCCCACAGCACCCUGGUCGCGGACAUACGGUAUAGCCGCACUUCAGGGGAGGUGCUAGUGUCGGCGUCCUUCGACAGCACCGCCAAGGUCUGGUCCACUAGGGACUGGUCGCUCCUGCGCACGCUGUCCGGGCACGAGGGCAAGGUGACGGGCUGCGACGUCUCACCUGAUGAGAGGAAGAUAGUGACCUGCUCGUUCGAUAGGACCGUCAAGGUAUGGGCCCAUCAAGACGAGUUCUAAUCCCUGGCUAAGGCGUGUUGAAGCGGUAUGUACGUCAGGGGUACACGGUCAACACGGCGGUCGAAAGUGCCACGCGGGACCCCAUCCAUCUUCCCUCCCCAUGGGGUCUGUUUCUUCUGCAAGUAGACAGUUGGAGCCUUUUACAACGUGCUUUGGUCAGGCCGUAAAGGUUGGGCGCCAACAAAAACGAGAUUUUUCCAGAUGUGGGCGUAUGGAGGCGAGGGAAGCAAGUCACUGCGGUUUGGUCGGAUCGCGGGAAAAGGCUGGGCUGUGCUUUGUGCUCAUGUUUGCAGUGUCGGAUGUGGGCCGACCGACGAAGUAUUGAUUGUCGGCAGUAGGGUCUGCGAUGUAGGAGGCCGUUGCGCGUGAGGGAGCCGAGGGAGGGGGAUUGAUACGAGUUCUCCGGAGGCGUAAGCACAGGAAGGAUGUGCAGAUUUGGCUCCAAGUACCCCCGUUGUGCGAUGUACAAGGAUGGGAUUACCAGGUGUCGUGGCUAUCAAUGUCAAGCUGAUUUUUUUUUUCUGUACGAAAUCAAGUCACGGAAAGUGGAGAUCGGAGAUUCACUGCCACCCCUUUCCGAAAUGAAGAAACUC